CAGCCGGCCGGCGAGCUCCCCCAAACCGCGCUCUCCCUUGCGGCGGCCCAGGACGGGCUCCUCCUCCUUCCGCCUGCGCCGAUCUUCCGCGAGCAGGGGCGCUGAAGUCACCGCAUCAAUAUGAUGGUGAAGAGAAAAUCCUCUUGGAGCCAGAUUGUGAAAAAUGGGAGGCCCACAAACCUGUCUGUUUCAGCAAGAAACCUCCGACCACAAGACCUUGGAGCUGUAAUAUUUGGCUGCACAAACAAUACCAUCGCAGAAUGCCACUCACGGCAACUUUUUGGUUUGCCAAGAACACAUCUCUCGUAUGUACAAAAUAUCAAGGAAGGACUACCUCUUUUCCUUUUCAAUUACGAUGACCGCAAAUUAUAUGGUAUCUAUGAAGCUGCAAGCAAUGGCAAGUUCUGUCCUGAAUCAAAUGCAUGGACACAAGAUGGCAAGGGAAAGACAAGCUAUCCUGCUCAGGUUGCCAUGCGGGUAAAAGUGUGGUGUGUUCCACUAGCAGAAAGUCAGUUUAGAGAGGCUAUUCUAGCAAACUACUACCAGAAGAUGCCUGGUGCCCCUGGCCAGAAGCUUCAUUUUUUCCAGUUUGAAAUGGACCAUGCACAAACAAGUGCUUUGAUGGAUAUGUUUACCCCUUCACCUUCUACCAACAAUUUCUGGACGCCUCCUGUUGCAAAACCAGCUAAUGAGCCUGUGAGAUCAUCAUGGGCACCAUUGUACGAGGUGAACAAUGGUCUUAAACUGGAGAAGGUUGUAAAGUCAUAUGCAGAUGUUGUAAGCAAGAACAAAUUUGAGCAAGGUGGAACAGGGAAUGUCGAUGCAGAGCAUGCUAGCUCAGGUAAUGAAAGUUUGAAUGGUUUUGAUGAUCUGGGUUGUGGAGACACAUCCCCAGACCCAGUGAGUGAGGAGUGUGUACUACCAGGUAAGGAGGUUCAAGUGCAACAGCAGCAAGAACAAGUACAACAACAACAACAACAGUCUGGUCAGCAGGAUAAGCUUAGCUUCAAACGGGUAUUGGAAAAGCUCAAAAGUUUGUCUGUCCAGCAGAGGAAUUCUGAUUUUUAUGCAAAUGCUACUCAAACUGAAUGUGUUGAUGCAUAUAGCUGUAAGCAUGUGCAAGAUGUUGAAUGUGCAAUUCUGGAUGGACACUCUAAUUUGCCAGAUAACUUAGAUUCUGAAGUAGAUCAGCUCUCCUGGGAUCCUAAUUUGCUGAUGCAACCAUUGGUAUCUGAGUCCUGUACAGAAACCAAGUUGGUACAAAUAGUCAAAGAGUUAUAUGAGCGGAUAGUGGUCAUAGAGAAGAAUCAGGCUUGGUCCAACAAAGAACUCAAAUACCUACAAGGGGUGAAUGAGAGGUUACUAAAACGAGUUGUAGAGCUUAAGGGCACGGUGAAGACAUUGAAUUCAAAGAUAGAUCCUUUAACCCUGGAUGAUUCCCUUAGCCAGUUUGUUGAACAAUGUUUGGGAUCAGAAGAUGUCAUUUAUAUAGUUGGUGGUUUUGAUGGCUUCUCAUUUUUGCCAUCACUAGACUCUUUUUCCCCUUCAUUGGACGUACUAACACCUCUCAAACCAAUGGCUGUUGGAAAGUCAUAUGCCUCAACUGUUGCAUUAGAUGGCAAGAUAUUUGUUCUUGGUGGUGGUGAUGGAGCCUGCUGGUUUGAUACAGUUGACUGUUACGACCGAAGGCGUGAUGAUUGGACCACAUGCCCAUCAUUUAGUCAUGAUAAAGGGAGCCUUGCUGCAGUUAGCUUCAAUGGAAAAAUCUAUGCAUAUGGUGGUGGUGAUGGAAACGAGUGUUUCUCUGACGUUGAAGUAUUUGAUCCGGCUUACGGAAAGUGGACUAAAUAUCGGCCUAUGCUGGAAAAGCGUUUUGCUCUAGCAGGCGUGGAACUUAACGGUGCAAUUUAUGCAGUUGGAGGCUUCAAUGGUAUUCAAUAUCUUAGCUCUGCUGAGAGACUUGAUCCUCGGGAACCUGGUUGGAAAAGACUACCAAACUUGAGUACAGGAAGAGGUUGUCACACACUGGCAGUGCUUGAUGACAAGAUAUUCUCGAUUGGUGGUUACGACUCUGAGGCCAAAGCAAUGGUAGCUACAGUCGAGUUGUAUGAGCCACGAAUGCCAUCAUGGGUGAUGGUUGAACCCAUGAACUACACCAGAGGAUAUCAUUCUUCAGCUGUGCUUGGUGGCUCGAUCUUCACGUUUGGUGGGGUGAAAGGUGAAGCAGAUGCAAUCUUGGAUGUGGUGGAACGCUACAAGGAAGGGUGUGGUUGGGUGACUACUGAGUCGAGGUCAGUUGGCAGGAGGUGCUACUGCUCGGCCAUUGUUCUCUGACUGUCAACGAUAUCGAAACUGUGAAUUUAGUUAGAUUCUGACAAGUAGACAGCAAACUGAUAGUUAAAACUUAGAAGGCUCUUCUUUUGCGUGAACUGGGAGCUGUAGACAUACAUAAGCUCUUAUUCCUCUUUCGCAUGAAGCUGAAAACCGUUCAAUGUUGAGAUAUUUUGAUGAUACUGCAAAACUGAAUUGGUACCGAACAAGAUGGAAAUUCCAUGAAUGGAUUAUUUGAUAUAUCCCUGUGAGGGUUAAUUCAUGGUGUUGAGCUUUGCUUAAUUUUCC